GACCGGCUGACUGACAUUCCCACGUGUUGCCCAUUCCCGUAGUACACAGUACAGUAUUGACACCGAUGACAGUGAUGAUGAUUUUCAGACAUUCGGUGCAAGAGCCUUGUCCUGGAAACCCUGUCUCUGAGAAGUUUGUGUCACAUUGCUGAGAUGUUAUAGAACGGAGUGAAGAAGAUGAAGGUUAAGUUCUUUGUACAAGCAAUAUCAAGGCUUGUUGGCCAAGACAUAUCUGCGCUUAAAACUGCACGGCGAAUGCUUUGCGCCUUUUCUUGGCGUUAUGAUCUCACCCACGGCAACACAGAUUCUCCUAAGAACAGAUUAGUCAGGGGAAUGUGCUCCUGGCAGAGUUUUUUGGAUGCAGAGAGAAGACACUGGCAGACGUCCUCUGUGUUCUACAAGGAUUUAGCCGCAGUUCUAAACAAAUGCCUUUAUGAAAUACAUAAUAGUUAUCCCAUAAGAAGAGAAAGGGAAAUGAUUUCACGUGGAGAUUACAUGUAUUUUGCUGAGGACAAUUGCAUAUAUCGCUUGCGAAAAAGCAUUGGUGAAACCAGCCAGGAGGUUUUGUUUUGCCCAGAAGAUGUUGGUUUGCAAGAUCACUUAAUUCAACGCAUCAGAGUUUCACUUGGUCAAAGUUUUUUGGCAAUUGCUCUGAAAGGUUAUGAAAGGGAAGAGUCCGUCUGUAUUGUUGUGAAAUCGGAAGAUGUGGCAGAAAUAGUUUGCAGUAUACCAAAUGUUUUCAGUUUUGAGUGGGUCACCGACAGGGUCCUAUUUCACACCAAACAGGAAAACCUUCAGUGCCAUUGUGUGUAUGCAACAGACUUCAGCAAUCCAAGUGACACUAAGCUGGUGUAUACAGAACAGGAUGACAGUUUUUUUGUAGAUAUUUAUUGUACCAGAGACGGGCGAUUUCUCACCAUCAACAGUAACAGUAAAACUACUUCUGAGGUCUGGCUUAUUGACUGCAGUUACCCUUUUAAACCUCCCACACUGGUACAUCCCCGAAUGCCAGGAAUUGUUUACCACGUGGAGCACAGUAAUGGCUAUCUGUAUAUUCUCACUACUUAUGGAGACACUGCAGAGUACAAGUUAGUGAAGGCUCCUCUAAAUAGUGGUAUACAGCACUGGAAACCUAUUUAUCAGAUGCAAGCAGAAUCCCGACUGCUGGACAUGGAGAUGUUAAAGGAUCACUGUGCAGUGUUUUUGAGACACCACAAUGAACUGUAUAUGGACGUGACUUCCCUCUCCAGCGAGUCAGUUAUCCACUCUCUGAAGUUUCCAGAGUGGGCCUGUGCACUUCAGCCGGCCCUGCGGCCAGAGGAAAACACUAACCACCUCAGAUUGUACCUGGAGUCACCCAUACAUCAGCCAGUCAUGUUUGAUUAUUCAGUAUUAGCAAACAGGUUGUCAGAAGUGACUGAUCACUCCAGCGAGGAGAAUGAGACCUGCCGUGUAGUACGAAUGAAAGCCAAAAGCAAGGAUGGCACUUUGGUGCCAGUUACAGUUUUGUAUGAAGUUGGUGGUGGACUGAGACAUAGGCCUCUCCUUGUUCAUGUGUAUGGAGCUUACGGUAUGGAUUUGAAUAUGAGUUUUAAAGCUGAAAAGAGAAUGCUGGUUGAAGAUGGCUGGAUAUUAGCCUAUUGCCAUGUAAGAGGUGGUGGUGAAUUGGGCUGUGAGUGGCAUAAACAGGGCAUCCUGGAUAAGAAGCGGAAUGGCCUGGAUGAUCUACAGGCUUGCAUAACUUAUAUACAUGACCUGGGAUUUUCACAGCCCUAUCGCACAGCAUUGGAGGCAGCCAGUGCAGGAGGGGUACUAGCUGGCGCUCUGUACAAUUCCACUCCAUGGCUCUUCCAAGCAAUGAUUUUAGAGGCACCUUUUAUGGAUGUGUUGAAUACAAUGCUGGAUACAUUGUUACCGUUGACUGUUGAAGAACAAGAAGAGUGGGGCAAUCCAUUGCUGAACAUGCAACACUACAGAUCUAUAGAAGCGUAUUGCCCUUAUGAGAAUAUCAAACCACAGAACUAUCCUUCAGUCCUAAUCACGGCUUAUGAAAAUGACCAACGCGUUCCAUUACAUGGAUUGCUACGAUAUGUAAAAAAACUUAGGACGGCAGCAGUACAUUAUUUCCAGAGUUCCACUUUACCAGAUCGUAAAAUGCCUAAUAUACUGCUAGAUGUCCGCCCUGGGGGCAGUCACUGUGAUUCAUUGUCUUGGGAAGAUUCCUUGCAGAAGGUGGCAAUACAUCUUUCUUUUCUACACAAAGAGCUUAACCUCGGUGAAAUGAAAACAAUCCAACAUAAAAAAUGAACCUUGUGUGAAUAAAAAUAAAUACUGAAGAAAGAAAAAAGAAAUGUUUCCUAAUUUUACAUUUCUGUAUUUUUUAAAAUAUUUCCCCCAAAAAUCAAAAUAAGUAUAAGAUGAGAUGGCACGAGGACGGCGAAUGUAAAGGACCCCAUACACUUACGUGACGUGUCUGUCUGACAUGUCGCCGGUGAUCACUCCGGCAACCUCCUGGGGGGCAGGAUCGCCAAAGAUACAUCGUAUGCUGUCCUUUUGCAUACAAUGUAUCUUGGGCGAUCCCAGCCAUGUCUGCGGGGUUGGACAUGAUUGAAUGUGCAGCACAUUCAAUCUGGAGGAUCUGAUCCGAUGCUUACGGGAACGCGGAUCGGAAACCCCUCCAAAAUGUCCGAUUUCAUCAUAUAUAUCGGGCCGGAUGAAAUCGGGCAUUAUCGUCCUAGUGUAUGGGGCCCUUAAGCGUGAACCUAGGCAAGUCAGAUGUAGGAACUUGGUCUUCAGUAUUUUCAUUUUGUAUUUUAUUGUUGUCCGCUUCUGUUAUUGUGACUGGUAAACUUUCAUUUUGUCAGCAUCCUUCAGUAAUCUUAAAAUCUGCAUAGAUGCAACAUUAUGGAGAAAGAAAACAAAUACAAUAGGCAGCCACACGCCAGUGUGAUGUUAAAUGUACCUACAUAAACACAGACCAUUGAGGAAAAAAUAACAAUAAUCAUCCACCAAUUUAAUUAUUCUAAACAUAGCUGAGAGAAGAGGCAGUAUGUGAACCAUACAGGAUGAAGGUUAGGUUUGAUAUAACAUUUAUAAUUGCAUAGAAAAAUGCUAAACUUUGGAUCAGCUGUUACAGUGCAGCAAGAAAACCUCCCACAUGGACCGGGAUGUAAUGAAGUCCAAGUUGAGCAGCCAUGCGGGAUGCCAGACGAACUUUGAAUUUUUUUUUAAAUUGGCAAUCAUGUAGAAGGCUAAACUAUGCCAAGUUGUCCGAGUUCGGCUGGAAUCCCACAUGGCCACCGAACUAGGACUUCAUUACAUCCCAUAAUGAUUUUCAGGCCAUUUCUCUCCCAGAGUGCAACUAAACUUAUCAUCCACUCACUGGUCAUCUCACGACUUGACUACUGCAAUGUGCUCCUCACUGGCCUCACUUGCUCCCACAUCGCUCCCCUCCAAUCUGUCCUCAACUCUGCAGCUAGGCUCAUCUCCCUCUCCCGCCGCUCCACUUCUGCCACUCCCCUUCAACAAAAUCUACACUGGCUCCCAUUCCCCUACAGAAUCCUCUUCAAACUCCUCACCCUCACAUACAAGGCCAUCUCUAAUUCCACUGCUCCCUACAUCUCCAACCUCCUCUCCCUUCAUACUCCCUCCCGUCCACUACGGUCGGCUGAUGACCGUCGCCUCUCCUCUGCUUUGGGCACUGCUUCCCAUGCACGAGUUCAGGAUUUUGCCCGUGCUGCACCCCUUCAGUGGAAUGCGCUCCCCCGCUCCAUUAGACUCUCCCCGACCUUGCAAAGCUUCAAACGGCAUUGAAAACCCACCUAUUCAUCAAAGCGUACCCCUCCAAUGCAUAACCUAGUCCUUAGGCUGCUCCUCCAUCCCCCUGCCCCAUGCCUUGGACAUCUCUGCUUUGCUCGCAUACCACCAUCAGGCUUCUACCUGCUUGCACCUCAUGUCAUC